AUGGCUCCCGUGGCAGAAAAGACACAGAGCGCCCCUGCAUCACACAAGCAGCCUUCCCGUAAGGGUAAAAAGGCAUGGCGCAAGAACGUCGACAUCACCGAGCUGCAAGCAGGCGUUGAUGAUGUCCGCGAGCAGAUUAUCCAANNGGGUAUGAACUCAAGCAACCUCUUCUACGUUUGCGCGAACUAA